GAGAGAUCGCUUCCAUGCUCCCUGUGAGUGCUUCUCUUCAGCGGAGCCUGUCAGUAACCUGAGAUCUGGAUGAAAGGGAUUCAUGUUUUCUGCCCCAGUCUGCAUAGCUGCCAGUGCUGAGCUGGCCCCCGUGUGCCCUGGCUACACACAUAUGGGAGACUGUGGACCGUAUGGCGUGCUAUUACCUUGUGAUCAGCUCUACUCAUCUUAGCAAUGGGCACUUCCGUAGCAUCAAAGGAGUUUUCAGGGGCCCUCUUCGCAAGUCUGGAACCACCUUACAGGGCUAUGCAGAAAAAGGAAAAAGCAUAGCAAACGCUCUGGAGGAUCUGAAGGCUAAUUUCUACUGUGAAUUAUGUGACAAGCAGUAUCAUAAACACCAUGAGUUUGACAACCAUAUCAAUUCUUAUGACCAUGCACACAAACAGAGACUGAAGGAAUUAAAACAAAGGGAAUUCGCCCGAAAUGUUGCUUCAAAGUCCUGGAAAGAUGAAAAGAAACAAGAAAGAGCACUCAAACGUCUCCAUCAGCUCGCUGAACUGCGUAAACAGCCAGACUGCGUUUCAGAUGAGGGUCCAAUAUUUAAAACACCUAGGCUAAGAGGACCACAAGGAUCUUUUUUCACACGCAAAGAUGAGAGACUUACAGGUUCCAGAUGUACAGUUUUGUGUAAAGGAGAACCGGUGACCAGUAGCAGCAUUACAGAGAAUAAACAAGACAUUUUAUUUGGCAGAGAUGUCCUGAAAAACAGCAGAUGCUGCUUUGUUGGAAACCAAACCCAACUACCUUUCUCAAAUAUCAGCAAUGUCAACAACAGGGCAAGUAUUUCUUUUUGCUUCUCUAAAAAAGCUUUACUGAAGCUGGAUUCUUCUGCAUCAGUUUUCAACGAAAGCACUGAAGAUGUAAAUGAAUGCAACCAGCUCCUCAACAAUAAAGCAAAGCAAAUGUCUGUUAGCUUUAGACACUAUGCACACUUGGAUGAGAAUGCAACAGAGGACAGCACUUUGACGGACCAACAUAAAGCAAGCACAGGUAUUCAUGACGAUGUGCCUGCAAACAUGGAGACAUUUAUGGACAGUGAGAGCUGUAGUAGGAUUGAAAAACCACAAAGUGAAAUUCAGCAAUCAGAUGAAACAGUAGAACUACACUCUUCAGAUGUAAGUUGCAAGGAUAUUCUGAAACAAACAGAAACGGAUGAUUGUCCGAGGCUUGAUAUAACUUCUGCAACUUCAGAGACAGUCCAAAGCCAAGAGGAAACCUCUGUGCCAGAUAAAUGGCCCAACAAGCACACAGUUGCAGAUGCAAUAUUGAUAGAGCAACUAUCACAGUUACUGUCACAAAAACAUAGUGAAUCUGAGCCAAGCAGCAGUUCAAACACAGAAAAACUAGAUGAUACUGAUAAGGUCCCCAAGGAAAAUCCAGAAAAGGCAUCUAGUGAAGCUAUGAAUAAUAAUAAUGUCCAAACCAAGGCUUUGUCAUGUCUAAACGUUCUAAGCAAAGAUGGCACUACUAAUCUGAAGUGGCCCACAGAACUUGUUCUCUAUACAAAGACUGAGCCAUCGAUAUCAUAUGCAUGCAAUCCAUUAUAUUUUGAUUUUAAAUGUUCUCCCAAAAGUAAAUGUACAAAGAUAAAUGAAAGAGUUACAAAUAGCUAUGAAGAACAUGAAAAAUGGAACAAUAAAAAUGGGGGAAAAAACUCAACAAUAACUGUUGACAAAGCAAUGGAAAAUGGGAAAGACAGUCACUCAGACGCAAAACGAGAAAAAUAUAGUUUAAUGGAAGGAGGUUCUGAAUCAUUUAAUAAUUAUAGAUUAACAAAAGAAUUUACACAAAAAGCUACUUUACGUAAUUCAGCCCAAACUUCUGCCCACCACAAUGCUUCACAGACUUGUAUUGUUCAAGAAAGUAACCAUUCUCGAAAACGAAAAAGAUCAUUCCGUGGCCACCCAGACAAAAGUAGAGUUUGUCAUGGACAUAAUAAAAAUAACUCAAUUUCUAAAGAUGAUUCAAAAAGUGAACAUCGUAAGUGUUUAAAUUAUAACCAGCUAAAUUGGAUAGAUAGUGGUGACCUUACGAAUUUAGGCAGCUCACACAAAAAUCAGUGUAGGAAUCACAAUGAAAAAUGUCAUUGUGAACACAGCUUUUCUUCGCAAGAUUUCGGAAGAUGUUCAGACUCUGAAAGUGAUAUGAGUUCUGUAAGUUAUAGAGGAUCAUCAUAUUCACAAAUGUCUUCAUCAAGCAGUGACUCCAUGCAAUCAGAUUCUUCAGACUCUAGUGAAAGGUCAAAGUGCAAACAUGGAUACCAUCAUAAAUCAAGAAAAUGUUUUCGAAAAAGAGAAGAUUGCAUACCAGACAAGUACAAAGUUCUUUCUGAAAGUGACUUUAUUUCUGAUACUUCUGAUACAAAGCAAAAAUGUAGAUCAAGAAACCUUGAUCUAUCUAGGAAGCACAACAUAUUGAGGAGUUCAAAAUAUUUUAUAAAUGAACAUCAACCUAGGAAAAAAUGUAAAAGCAGUGAAAGUGACAACGUUAAAGAAACAUUGUGUUUAAACCAAGUGAGCAGCUGUGAAGAUAUAAAUCCUACGUCUAAUAGUGUUGGCGCUUUAUCUAAAGAAAGAACUUACACUGUGGCAUCAGAAACAAGUGUUCCUAACCAAGUGAGCUUUAUGGAAAGUGAAACAAACGAGGCAUCGUAUAAAUGUUAUUCUGAAAACAUGGUGUCUGUUCCAGGUAACUGUAGAGGCGACAAUUCAGAAAAUAUUGUGAAGCAUAUCAUAGUGAAUGAAAGAAAAACUUUAAUUGCAGAGUUGCAUUUAGAACACGGCACGCAAGCAGAAGAAAAGGAAAUUCCUUCCAGGGAUUAUUCGGAGGAUUGUAGUAUGAAAUUAAACGACCAUUCUGAAAGAUACUUUCCUGUUGAAUUUCCCCAGUCAAAAGCUAGCAACGAAAGUAGCGAUAAGCAAGACACUGUUGAUACAGUAAUAAACAAAAUCGACAAUAGUGAUGAAGCACCUACUUUCAAAGUAACGGUCACCAAGAACAAUGAUCAUUGUGUUUUUGAGGAUGUAAUCCAUAUGGGCAAUGGAUGUCAAACCCAGAACUAUGAAGGACCAGUUCCUGUUGGGGAGCAAUCGAGGCAGUUAAUUAGUGAAGUGCAACCACUUAUGCAAAGCUCUGACCCAGUUCAUCUUAAACUAUCAUGUGGUUUGCCCUUUCUUAGACAUUCAGGGGGGACUGAUUUACCAGAGACCAAAGAGGAACAUAAGAGACUGAGGCUACACAAUGUAAAUAAAAAACCAAGCCCUGUAGAAGGAAAUGGGAAAUUUCAUUAUGAUAGUACUAUGCAGGACUUCAAUAAAACAGACAGCAAUCAAAGGGUAAUUUAUAAAUCUGCAUCCCCUUCGCUAGCACAACAACCAGUAACAUUUUCACCAGAUGAAGUAGAUAAAUAUAGGCUAUUGCAGCUACAGGCGCAGCAGCAUAUGCAGAAACAACUCUUAUCAAAGCAUUUUAAAGCUUUACCCACCAAUGGGCCUUCUGUUUUCUCUACUGCACAAGCUAUUCAGCCAGUAUCUGUUCAGCAACACCCGUCUGUCACCACCAUUCACCAUGCUGUCAUGCAACGUUAUGCUGUUACGGCUUCCAUGCAGUCACAAGUGAACCACAUUCCUCUGCCCCAUCUCAAUCCCAUCCCUCAGGCUCAGUUUUCUCCUGUUGCCCUUUCUUCAAUAACACCUACCCUCUUUCCAGCACACCCAGCACUCCUUACUGGACACCCACUGCAUUUAGUCUCUGCUACAGCAAUUCAUCCUUCACAUCUGACUAUCCACACCAUUCCGCACACCGCCUUUAUCCCUGCAAUCUUCACUCCACAUCCCAGCACAGGAAUCCAUCCUGCUGUCCAGCUGCAUCCAUUUAUUCACCCACUGUUUCCAGGCCAUGAUUUUCAUAUUCAUUCUAGACCAAGUCACCCCCACUAACAUUUUCUAGAAAAAUAAUAUAUUAGGGCAGUUACUGAGGGUCAUAUUCGUAUUGUUUUGUUUUUGUUUUAUAAUUUACUUUAUAUGUUUUCAGGGAAAUCAAUAAAAUUAAUUAUUGACAUUGCCUUGCAAUUGGUUACAGUGUACAAAUAACAAAACACAAAUAAUAAUUAAGAAAGAAAAGUAUUAAAUCUCUACAAAGUUAUUAUGUGAUACCAAGAACACUCAUUUCCACGGUGUUUGAAAACUUGAUAAAUUGGCUUCAUAAAUUCUAUAUUGGAUUAAAAUUAUUAGGGAAAAGUACAGUAUUUGUAGAAUGUUUGGACAGCAAUGUUCUUUGCCUCAUGAGUUAAACAUGAGUUAAAAUGUAUAUUUACUGGUACAUAUAUACUGAAGAUUUUUUAUGGAUAUAUUUGGACUAAUUUCUGGAGUUUUUUUUAUCAUAGAUAAUAUUUCCUUACAUGUGGCUGUUUUCUUUCAAUUAUUUAUGAUCAUUUCUAUGUUGUGUGUUGUGAAAUUGCUUUGAUUCAAAUACAAAUAUUUAACCUACAAUAAACCCAAUUAAUGGCAAAAUUUUCCAUGUUAAAAUAAUUUUACCUGACCUAAUGAAUACUAUAGUCAGCCAGGUUCUUGUGGUUUUUAGAUGCAUUAUCAUACUCUAUUAAGCCAUAUAAAAAAUGGGCAUGUGAUGGUUAUAUGGAAAAGAUUAAAGUCAACAUAGUAUUUGAAA